AAUGACUGGUCGUGGAAAAGGUGGUAAAGGUCUCGGAAAGGGUGGUGCCAAGCGUCAUCGUAAGAUUCUUCGUGAUAACAUUCAAGGUAUUACCAAGCCUGCUAUUCGUCGUCUUGCCCGUCGUGGUGGUGUCAAGCGUAUCUCUGGUCUCAUCUAUGAAGAAACUCGUAAUGUCUUGAAGUCCUUCCUCGAAAACGUUAUUCGUGAUGCUGUUACUUACACUGAACAUGCCAAGAGAAAGACUGUUACCUCUUUGGAUGUUGUCUAUGCUCUCAAGAGACAAGGCCGCACCCUCUAUGGUUUCGGUGGAUAAGCACUCUCAUCUAAUAUUUGCAUCUUGAACCAAAAAAUAUAUUGAUUCCCAUAAUUAAAACUUGCAAAAACAAGUUUAGCAUUUUGUAUAUAGCUUUUUUUGCUUCAAGCUUUUUUCUAAUUUUAUAUUGCAAAACAAAUUCGCACAAUAAAAUAUCAAUAACAAUUACA